AAAAUACUGCGAAGAGGUUCUAAAAAACUCAGUUGCGAAGAAUAAACCUAUAAGAUUUAUAUAUCCCUUGAGAGAACUUUACGUUUCUCAUCUCUUUCUCUCCUAAUGCCAAUCCUCUACAUCUAUCUCAUAGCGAGUGCAGAAGGUGUAACAUCGUGCUGAUGCAGGAAACAACUUCAGGAUUCAUGCUCCGUUCGCAACUGUACACCUUCAAUAAAACCUGAAAAACAGCAAGUGGUCGGAUCAGAUUAUCUUGCCUCUUCGUCUGUAUUUUUUAAUCAAGUUUUCAAAUCGCAUCGUUGCUUGGGCGGAGACGUAUAUUGACUCACGCACGUUUUUCACAUCAAGCAAGUUCAGCUGUUGAGUCAGUCAAGUCAGUGUUGUGUUGAGUGUCUUCCAGAAAGGAUGACUUCGUUCGGUCGUGGUCGUGGAUGGUCCAGUCUGAACCAGGACCAGGGUCUACGUAGACCGGGGGGAGGGGGCGGCAGCAAGAUCCUGAAGGACAUAAUAGAUAAGUUGGUCUCCUACGACGAGCGCGAGUGCGUCCCACCGCAGCUGGUCCAGGAAAUUGUGGACCUGCUGACCGUCGCGGUCAACGAGGACAGUUUGAGAUAUGUGUGUGACUCUCUUUGGAAGCAGGCUGUGUACCACUCAUUGACCAUAAAGAUAGCCAUGAUAUUCAGUGAUAAUAAAAUUGCUCUGUUGGAAGACAGUAGCAAAAACAGUAUACGAAGUCGCUUCUUACGUUUUUUGCAGGAUAAUUAUAUGUCUAAGGAAAAAGAUAGACUAGAGGAUAGGAAGACAUUUGCCAAUAAGGUCUUACUUCACGCAGAGGUUUAUUAUCAUAUGAGACUGAGCGAUGGGAAUAGAUUAAAGAUAUUGGCUGAACCGUUAAUUCAAUAUUUGGAGGAUCUACUGCAAGAUAAUCCCAAAGAUAAUAUUUAUUUCAUUAUGAUACAGAUUCUUAGAUCUGGUAAAGACCUCUAUGCAGCAUGUCCAGGAGGAUUAGAAAACUUAAUCAUGACAAUUAGGCAACUAUUGGUAAAAGAAAACUUACAGAGUCCUGAAAACUAUGCGGCAUUAUUGCUAGUGAUAGAAUUAGUCAAUAAUGACUACGAAAUUAAGGACACACGAGUGAAACAUUUUUAUUUCUCGAAUAUUAAGUCUCUUUCUUUUGAACAUCCAUUUUCUCAUGAAGAAUUAAAAGUGAUCGCAACGACUGAAAAUGAUAAUCAAUUACGAGAAGUUGAAAACAAUCAACGAAUUAUAAGGGACGAAACGAAAAAUGAUAUAUCCGAACAUGGCAGUUAUUCAAAAAAUUCCAGUGUUCCAAGAGCAAUACGGGGUUCGGGUGCAUUAGAUAAACCAAAGAAAGGAAAUAUUAAUGCAAAGUCAAAUUUAUUGAGAACAACACCACCGAGGGAAAAAAAUAAAGGUUGGGGUCAUGAUGAUAGGUUUCAUGAGCAUUAUGAAUAAGUAAUGAAGCUCUUGUACAAGUUGUCCAUUGGUGUAUUUCUCUGAAACUACAGUUAGAAAAUUUUACAUUUACAGUUAGAAAGAUAAUGUAUAUAUGCGCUGUAUAAACUGUCGUGGUUCCAAUCAAAGCAAAAAAACAUUGGAUUUCUUUUUUAACAGAAAGCUAAAAGAACAGUUAUAUUUUGUUCCACAUUGAGACGUUAAAAAAUCAUGGAAUGUGAUACGUCCUCUGAUAUUGUUUUUUUAACUUGUACUCAGGUAAAAUUCUUAAACACGGUACGUUUUAUACAAGACCAUCCCUGUGAAGAUACUUGUAAAA